AUGAUGGGACAUGAAAUAGAUUUUCAUUCCAGUCAUCUGACUUUAGGAGGCUUCUAUAAAGUGGUUGCUUUCCUACAUGCAAGCGAAGAGAAGCUUCUGGGAAAAUUCUCAAACAGAAAUUAUGCCAUAAUCCCUAGAAUACCUCUUCUAACAUGUCGAAGCCAGAGGUCUGUGCUGUUGGCAAUUACCUCCUUCAUCAUCAGAAACUUUGACCCUUUCAGGACUGUGAGGAGGAAGGGUCCUGGAGGUCUGAAGCACUUUUUACCCCUGUUCCUACAGAUCACACCCAGCAAGUGAAUAGCUGUGGAAAAUGACUCUUCAGUGACUGAGUUUAUUUUUAUGGGAUUAACAGACCAACCUGAGCUCCAACUGCCUCUCUUUUUCCUGUUUUUGGUGAACUAUAUGAUCACCAUGGUGGGCAACUUGAGUUUAAUUAAUCUAAUUUGUCUGAAUUCACACCUUCACACCCCCAUGUAUUUUUUUCUUCUCAAUCUGUCCUUCAUUGAUCUCUGUUAUUCAUUUGUCUUUACCCCCAAAAUGCUGAUGAGCUUUAUUUCAGAGAGAAACAUCAUCUCCUUUCCAGGAUGCAUGACUCAGCUCUUUUUCUUCUGCUUUUUUGUCAACUCCGAGUGCUACGUGCUGACAGCCAUGGCCUAUGAUUGCUAUGUGGCCAUCUGCAAACCCCUUCUGUACACGGUCACCAUGUCCCCUCAAAUCUGUUCUCUGAUGAUGUUUGGUUCAUAUAUAAUGGGGUUUGCUGGGGCCAUGGUCCACACAGGGUGUACGAUGAGGCUCAUCUUUUGUGACUCCAAUUUCAUCAACCAUUACAUGUGUGACAUCUUCCCACUGCUUCAGCUCUCCUGCAGCAGCACCUAUGCCAAUGAGCUGGUGAUGUCUAUUACGGUGGGCACAGUUGUUAUAGUAUCAAGCAUCAUUAUCUUACUCUCUUAUGCUUUGAUUCUUUUCAAUAUCUUUCACUUGUCCUCAGCUAAGGGUUGGUCCAAAGCCAUCAGUACCUGUGGCUCCCACAUAAUAACUGUUGGUCUAUUCUAUGGAUUUGGGCUGCUUACUCAUGUUAAGUCAUCAUCUGAUAGGUCUAUGGGUCAGGGGAAGUUACUCUCCGUGUUUUAUACAAAUGUGGUACCCAUGCUGAACCCCCUCAUUUAUAACCUCAGGAACAAGGAUGUUAAACUUGCUCUAAAGAAAACCCUAAAGAAAAUUACAAUUUCAAAACCGUUGUUCAUCCCAGGAAUAAAUUGAAAGAAAGAAGAAUUCUGGGAAGAAAAGGACUUCUGGGGAGUUAUUUCAGUAUGACCUGGAAGGUGGGGGUUGUAUGGGAAUGACGGUGCUCUCAGCCAAAAUGCCUGUAGCUCAGAGAUUUUUUUCAAGGCUUUGAUCCCCAACUAGAAAAAUGUACUUGCCUCUGCUUUGAUUUUAAGGUAGGUAAACAGGGUGAACUCCAAAGAGAUGUUUUAUUCAUAUAUUUUAAUAAUAGCGAUAAUUUCCUGAAUGGUGAGGCUGAGGAGUUUGGGUCAGGCCUUCUUGGUAAGGCGUGUCACUAUUUCCAUAGCAGUAUAUGUACUGUACAGGCCUAUUAGAUAUUAUGCCUACAUUUAGAAACAAAAAUAGUUAUCAUAACAAAAAGAAUAAAAAAUCAGGCUCUACACAGAAGUUAAACCGUCUACUGCCUAUUACUGAUAGCAGCAGGAGGCAGAAAUGCCUUGGCAGAUGGGGCAGGUCCC